AUGCAAGAACAAUCGCAACAACAUUUCGGUAAAAUGAGACCACUGGAAGAAUAUGACAUUUCCGUCAAGACAGGCUUCUUGCCCUCAACACCUCCACUUCGCAGAUUAUUAGAUCCUUACUUUGCUCCUUGGGAGGAUAUGAUGGACGACUUUAAUGGCUUGUUGUUAGCCGGCAAAUUGAGAGAGAAAGUGCACAAGAUGCCAUUGUUAGAUUAUACCAAGCUGAAAUCGGUGCAAGAAUACAGAAGAGCCUUUUUAAUUCUUUGCAUGGUGUCUCAUAGUUAUGUCUGGGGAAAGCACGAAACAACUUCAGAGACACUCCCAUCCAACCUCGCUAUUCCUUGGACCGGCAUCGCUGAUCACUUGGGUCUCUGUCCUGUGGUAUGCCACGCCGCUGUUGUGCUUUGGAACUACAGAUUGCUGGACAAGGAAGGACCAAUCGAUUUGAGCAAUCUCGCUGCAUUGGCUACUUAUUCAGGCUCCUUGGAUGAAUCGUGGUUUUACCUAAUCACCACUGCCAUUGAAAGUUCAGGUGCUCCUUGUUUAUCACAAAUUACGUAUGCCAUUGAUAACAUCCACCAAGGCAAAUACGACGACCUUAAGCUGAAUUUGGAAACAAUUCGCACGGCUCUGGCCAACAUGAAUGACGACUUGAAAAGAAUGUAUGAAAAGUGUGACCCAUAUGUCUUUUAUUGGAAAAUCCGCCCUUAUUUAGCUGGUUGGGAAAAUAUGGCCGAAGCAGGUUUGCCUCUUGGUUUGAUCUACGAAGGCGUAGAUGCACUGUGGAAUGCUCAAACUGACGAAUAUGCAGACAUGUCACAUUUGGAUGAAGCUGAACGUCUUUUGAGCCAAUACAGACGAUAUGCCGGUGGUAGUGCUGCACAAAGCAGUUUGAUUGCUGCACUAGAUGUUGCAUUUGGUGUGGAACAUCAUCGUACAGGAGAGAAGCCUUCUUUCAUCAAGGCUGCUGAUUUACCCAAUGACAGAUACACAAAGCUGCCUGCCACUAACCCUGCAGAUGAAAUCCACAAUGGUGCUGAAACUCCCCGUACGCCUCCUCGCUUCAAGCGCACCAACCGCAACACUUUCUUGAGAGCCAUGCGCAAGUACAUGCCUCGACCUCAUCGUGAAUUCUUGGAGGAUUUAGAGGAAGCAGCCAACAUUAGACCUUAUAUUCUUCAACUGGAAGAAAAUGACAAGAACGGAAAUAUCACUGCUGAAGAAUUGGAAAUUGUCAAGGCCUACAAUGAGUGUCUUCAUCAACUCAAGCUCUUCCGUGACAAGCAUGUUCAAAUCGUCACCUUGUAUAUCGUCAAUCAAGCUCGCAAGGGACCCAAUAUUCCUCAUGGUGGUUUUGCUAUUGAGAAGAAGCAGCCUCAAGACGAGCAGCCUGAAACAGAGACCCCCGUUGCUGCACCAAUUAAAUCUGCUGCUACCCACAACGAUCUCUAUCCUCAGACACAACUAGAGACACAACCUGGCAUUCGCAAAAACUCCAAGACUGACAAGGUAUCACAAAUGUUUCCUCAACUGGGUCUCGCAAGAAAGUUGGCAUCCAACGCUGAAGUUGUCCGAGGCACAGGUGGCACCAAUGUCAUGCCAUUCUUGAAGCAAUCUCGCGAUGAAACUGCAGACAUGAAGAUUCGCCUCAACGGCGAUGAACAGAUUAAACAAGAAGAAGGUAAACACCAGCAACCUCAAGAAGAAUCCAAGACUUCAUGGUCUGAUUGGAUUCUUCGUCGUUAA